AUGAGCACCCACAGCCCCGUCCUCAUCAUCGGCUCCGGCCCCGCCGCCCACACCGCCGCCAUCUACCUGGCCCGGGCCAAUGUCGAGCCCACCCUUUACGAAGGCUUCAUGGCCAACGGCAUCGCCGCCGGCGGCCAGCUGACCACCACCACCGACAUCGAGAACUUCCCCGGCUUCCCCGAUGGCAUCAUGGGUGGCGAGCUCAUGGACGCCAUGAGGAAGCAGUCCGAGCGCUUCGGCACAAAGAUCAUCAGCGAGACGGUCGCCAAGCUGGACCUCUCCCGCCGGCCCUUCAGGUUCUCCACAGAGUGGGACCCCGACACCGAGCACACCGCCGACGCUGUCAUCCUUGCCACCGGCGCUGUUGCCCGCCGCCUCAACCUCCCUGGCGAGGAUAAGUACUGGAACAAUGGUGUCUCGGCCUGUGCUGUGUGCGACGGCGCCGCCCCCAUCUUCAGGAAAAAGCACCUGGUCGUCAUCGGUGGUGGUGACUCUGCCGCCGAGGAGGCCAUGUUCCUGGCCAGAUAUGCCAGCCACGUGACUGUGCUUGUCCGCAGGGACGUGCUCCGGGCCAGCAACAUCAUGGCCAAGAGGCUCCAAAACCACAAGGACGUCACCAUCAAGUGGAACACGACAGGCGUGGAGAUCAAGGGCGACGACAAGGGCCUCAUGAGCCACCUGGUUGUCAGGAAUGUCAAGACCGGCGAGGAGGAGACCCUGGAGGCCAGUGGCCUCUUCUACGCCAUUGGCCACGACCCAGCCUCUGCUCUGGUCAAGGGCCAGAUUGACACUGAUGCCGACGGCUACAUCAUCACAAAGUCAGGCUCUCCCUUGACCAACAUCCCCGGUGUCUACGCCGCCGGCGAUGUCCAGGACAAGAGGUACAGACAGGCUAUCACCAGCGCAGGAUCCGGGUGCAUGGCGGCCCUUGAGGCCGAGAAGUUCCUCGCGGAUCUCGAGUCGGACAAGGCAGAAACACCUGCCCAGGCCAACGACCAGAUAUCAAAAAAGUCGAGACUCCCAUUCGAUCUAUAUCGUCUUUAG